AUGGUGGUGCCACAACAGCCAGAAUCGUCACCACGGUCACGGCCACCGCCAUCGCCUCAACCGGAAGCGUCUCCACAGACUCCUGCUCGGCGGCCGCCAAUCUCCCUCCAACCUUCACAUAAACACAAUCCAUCGAAAUCCAGCCGGCUCCUCCGUCGGUUUCGAUCUGUGUUCCAGUCCUUCCCAAUAGUAAACAUCCCGUCUUGCAAAAUCCCCAUCUCGCUCCACGGCAGCCGCCUCCAUGACGGCCACAUCCACGGAGGGAAACGAAUGACGGGCACGCUUUUUGGGUUCCGGAAGGCCCGGGUGAACCUUGCCAUCCAAGAAACCCCCAGAUCUCUACCUAUUCUCCUCCUUGAGCUUGCAAUUCCGACAGGGAAACUUCUACAAGACAUGGGAAUGGGACUUGUCAGGAUUGCUCUGGAAUGUGAGAAGCAUCCCAGCGACAAGACCAAGAUCAUCGACGAGCCUAUAUGGUCCUUGUAUUGCAACGGCAGAAAAUCAGGGUACGCUGUGAAGAGGGAACCUACGGAUGAUGAUUUGAGUGUCAUGCAAAUGCUGCAUGCAGUGUCAAUGGGUGCAGGCGUGCUUCCUAGUGAUGUAACGUCGGAUGAUCAUCAGGGUCACGGGGGUGAGUUGAUGUACAUGCGAGCGCAUUUCGAGCGGGUUGUUGGAUCUAAGGACUCUGAGACGUACUACAUGAUGAACCCCGAUGGCAACAGCGGGCCGGAACUAAGCAUCUUUUUCGUUAGGAUUUGA